AAAGUUUUUCUGCGCCUCAGCAAGUCGCUUUGCUCCCGUUUUAUGCACGUUGUUGUCGAAAAAUGUUUUUCUUAGAGGUCCAUGAGAAGUUGCUCACAGGGAAUUACACUCAGCAAUUUUGUAGCCGCGAAGUCCAGCUCACCGCCUCAAAGAAAUUCGCUUCAAACUUCAGCUUCGCACCGUAAUCAUAUCAUUUUGUCUGAAAUCUAAAUGUAACACAUCACACAUCCUUUCGCACUGAGGAAAACUCGCCAACUUUCUUUUAAGUCUCGGCAAGUUGGCAAGAAGAUGCUGCGGAGAGUUUGUGCGAACGUGUGCACGAGGUGUUCUUGGUGUGUUGGAAGAAGCCCCAGCGAAAAUGAUGCGUAUUGGAGUCCCGAGUCACACCCCAGGAUGUUGAGAAAGAUGAAGGACCAUUUCCAGAUGCAACAAUAGCGUGCUACAGCGCACUAGGAAAACAGCUGCCCCAGGCCCAGAAAUGACCAGAACAUUCCUGCAUGAGCUCUUCUGCCUCAAAACCAAAACUGUCUCACUAUCAGUUCAGCUCAAAUGUUACUCCUAAAAAAUGGUCUGCCCUCUUUGAUGGACAUCUCCUUAUAAUAUGUGCACUAUAGACCAAACCCUAAAUUGAAUCUGCCCUCCGCUGACUUUUCUCUGUCGAUAAAACUUGCCUCCGGGAACAUAGCGAUCACAGUUACGUUUUGCAUUGUGUGUAUUGGACUAAUAAAGCUGUUUUUUGGAACGGGCCGCACAGGCAGUUUAGCAUGGAAAAGCAGGCUUUGUGUGAAAGCAACCACCUGCUGAACUGCACCGAUGACAUGUAUUUUUCACAGCCCGGCUCCAUGGCAGUGUGCGGCCAGAACUAUGGCAUGCCCGCUUUGGAGUCCGUACAGCCGUCUCCCAUCUCUCCCCACUUCUAUCAGGACCCGCUGGAAUCUCCCGUCACGCCAGCGCAGGACUUCGGCACCAUGGUAGAUGGGCCCAAAGAUCCGGGGCUGUGGCCCGGCGGUAACCAUGCAAAGGCCGCACCCAACCUUUGGUGCCCUCCCCUUCAAGUGGAGGCCAUGGAGAUGAGGGAAAUCAGCAAUGACCGGGGUUACCAGUACAACACACUGGCCCACGUGGACUCAGAAGGGGCAGGCAAGCAUCCCGGCGACUCUUUGCCGAGGCUCGACUCCUUCAAUCAGGUGUUUGCCAGCCACAACCUGCGCAUCCUCCAGGGCGGCAAAGGCCCGCAGUCUCCCGGCAGGAUGCUGGCGUCUUCUCCUCUCUGCGCCCCCACAGAUGCUGCCCUGCGUCAGCUCCUCUCUCAGAAGACCCCCUUGCAGCCGACUGAGCCUCCGCAUAGGUACCCCCCGGUAGAGCCGCAGCCCAGCAGGGGGUAUGACCAGGGUCACGUCAAAGCCAUGCCAGGACCUCAGCAGCAGACACACUAUGGGUACCAGCAGCAGCUACCGCAGCAAGAUCAGUACUACCUGCAGCAGCAGGCCAUGCAGCCACAACCACAGCCAGAGAUGGUGGCCUGCGGCAGGUCGCUGCAGCAGUUCCAUAUGCACCAGCAGCUGGAGCACCAGCCAGGAUCCUAUUACUCGACACACGUAACAACUCAGCAACCAGUGCAGACCCCCUCUUUCCUGACUAGCUAUGGUCAGAACUGUAAGAUUCAGCAGCAGCAGCAGCAGCAGCAGCAGCAGUUCAUGUCCUCGGACCCAGGCCACUCCAUCCAGCAAGCCCAGAUGUUCUUCCAAGAGCAGCAGAAGCACAGGCAACUGUACCACCAAAACAACCUGUAUCUGCCGCAGCCGCAGCAGAACCCUAUCCAAGAGGAGAUUCACCCUGCUCCCUCUGACACGAGCCGUCCCCUCCCCAACCCAGGCCAACACACUCCCACCCACCCAGCUCACAGCUUCAUGUACCCAAGGGAGCAUGGCCUGGCCUGCCAGGAGCACACAGCCCCGCUGGGCCCCACCACAAGUCCUCUCCCGCAGGGGCCAGGGUCCGAGAGGGAGGUUCUGUCCAUCAUCCACCGGACGAGCAGCAACCAUUCUCCCAGUUCUCCAUGGCUACAGGUGCCUGUACCCAACUACCAAGAGGAUCCACUGUCUCCUGACCACAGUAAACACUCCCAUGUCGCCAACAAUACUCCGAUGAAGGUAGAGGUGAUGAAGAGAGAGGAAGCUCCUUCUAAGCUCCUGUGCUCCACCUGCCAGAAGGAGUUCAAGAGUUUGCCCGCCCUCAACGGACACAUGCGCUCCCACGUUGGCUUCAAGACAGUGCCCACGCCCAAAAUGAAGGAAGGGGGCACCGCGCUGCCGAGAGAGAAGGAGCCCGCCCUCCCCGUCGUCAUGCCUGUCUCUGUGCCUGUCAAGCUUCAACCUGCUGCCAACAAGUUCCCUCUUGCCCCUCCCUGGCCCCACCCAGAAAGUGAUCUCACCGACCUGGUUGGGCAGUCUCCACAGCCACCUUGGCCUUGUUCUGAAAAGGCCCAGCUUCAUGGCACUUCCUCUCUAUUAAAAAUAGAGAAGGCCGCUGUAAGAGGGGCGACGCAGGCGACGCAGGCGCCGCGAACAUCCAAGAAGAAGUACCGGCAUACCCUGCAGCCGCUCGUCAUCCCCUCGCCCGGCGUGGGCCUGGCCACUGUCAGCGCCGUUCUCUUCCAGAGCCGGCUCCGCUCUCCACCUGCUGCGGGGGAGGAGCCGGCGUACACGCCACCCCCCAUGCUGAGUCCGGUCCGUCGGGGAUCGGGCCUCUUCAACAGCGUGAGGGCCGCGGCGACCGGGGGGUCCGUGAGCCCCGCCACCCCACGCGUGUUCCUCCGUCGAACCGGCAGUGUGUCUGCCAACAUUGUGCUGACGGCAGUCGGAUCCGGGGAGCAGUCCGUGGACAUUGAGCCGCGGAUCAACAUCGGGCCACGUUUCCAGGCCGAGAUCCCUGACGUGCAGGAACGGUCCAAGGUGGAGAAAGACAUCCACUUAGCCGGUCUCCUGUGGACCCCAUGGAGGGAGCUGGAGGACCCUGCUACCCAGCAGAAAGUGGAUGAUCUCGUAAACGUGGCGUGUUCCAGCGUGCUGCCGGGAGGAGGAACCAACACAGAAUUUGCUCUCCACUGUCUCUUUGAAUGCAGAGGGAACUUCUUGGCAACCCUAGAAAAGCUGCUCAUGCUAAAGCCGUUGAGACACAAGGCUAACCCUCUUGCAGGGUAUCAUUAUGCAGGGUCUGACAAGUGGACAACACUGGAGAAGAAGCAGCUUACCAAAGCCUUAAUGAUACAUAAUAAGGAUUUUUUCCUCGUACAGAAAAUGGUUAAAACAAAGACGGUAGCGCAGUGUGUGGAAUACUACUACACUUGGAAAAAGAGACUCUGUUUGGGUAAGAGGCAGAAGGCUUGUCUGAUGGACCUGGAGCCAGAGACCACGGACGAUUGGACCAAGAGGGAAGCGGACAGCGAAAAUAAGCCCCUGGAGCAGGGCUUCAGAGUCCUAGGAUCUCCAGACCAGGCGGACCCGGCGGUUCUCUCCAACGUCAGCUUCGUGUGCGAGGUCCCCGGCUGCGGCGCCGCCUUCUCCUCUAAGCAGGCCCUGAGUGGCCAUGCCCGAAUUCACAGUAGCCCAGGCUCCAAGCAUCACAUGGAGAAAAACAGACCAAAGACAGCACCCCAGUCCAUCCCGGGGUCACUGAAAAGCUCUCCAGCUCACAGCACGACCAGCGGAGAGACCGAUCCCACACUGCUCUUCCCCUGCAAGGAGUGUGGAAAGAUUUUUUACAAGAUCAAGAGCCGAAAUGCUCACAUGAAGACCCACCGGCAGCAAGAGGACACCCAGGGCUGGAGGUCGCAGAAACCGCCCGAGUGUACCCCUCCCAAGUCGGGCCCCGACAGCCCCUCCGCCGCCCCCGUGCCCGUGGCCGUGCCCCAGCUCCCCUUCGAUCACAUGGGCUUGGUAAAGCGUCUCCGAGAAGAGGAUGUUCGUGCGGAAGAAGAGGACGAAGAUGAUGAGGACGAUGAUGAGGAGGAAGAGGAGGACUGCCCCCUGGUGGCGCACCCCUCAGCCCAGAGACAGCUUGGAGCAGCGGCCAAAAGCGAGGAGCAGUGAAUAGCCGAGCUCGUAAAAGGAAGCGGUCACUUGAUGAAAAUUAAUUUUCCGACAGGCGGCUCGUGCCAAAAAGCCAAAGGACUGGAGGACAUCAGGAUGUGUGUCUGCCAGCCACACAAUUAGACUGGAGACCUGGGACACGAAAUCCAGUUAGCCAGCGGCGGCACGAAACUCCUCGAACCGG